GUUUAUUUAAAUGCUGAAUGAUUGUCUGACUUUAGGCCAAAUUGUAUCAAUUAUAGUAAUACUUGAAGCGUACUCGACUGGAUAGACUCAAUUUAUUAAGUUUUCAAGUUCUUAGCGUUUUAGGUUGACUGAUGACCGCACUGACAUGGAAUAGAAAACUAAAGAUUAUGGUCACUGUUGGUAAGCUCAAAGAGUUUGAAUUCGAAAUUUGGACAUUACAAGACAGGUCAAAAAGAUUCAUAAAACAUUACGCUAAGUUCAGAGAAGAGAUUGUGUAUACUGGUUCAUUUUCCCAUACAGUAGGCUACUUCAGUGGAGGGUUGCCAAUGGAGUGUUCUGUGCUCUGCUAGCGGAAGUUAGUGAUCACAUGGCAUACGAAAGUUUUAGCUCACCUAUUCGGAUGUUUGUGCUGUCAGAUACCGCUCUCUACACACACCCAUAUUGCCUAAUAGAAAACGUCAGUAACGUUAGUGAACUUGGGUUACUUCCUACAUUUAACUUACGCUUCCUCUAAUGGCAAUAUGAGGCGAAAUUUUACUGUAGCCUACCCUGGUUGAGUCUCCGAAUCAGACACAAACUAGUUGGACCUGUCCGCGUCCGAAUCUUGGGACUUUGACCAGCAGGAGAUCUCACCCAAAGAUUGUAUCCUACAAUCUUUGACUUAGGCUACCUGUCAGAACAUUGUCACGACCUUAAUCGGCAGCAGGGUAGGUCACUCUCAUGUUGCCAGUAGGCACUUAAAGACGGGCCUAUGCUUAAACCAUAUUCCCGUGAUAACACAGACUUGAAAUCAUGGAGGAACCAAAUCGACCCCAACGCAAAUUAUCAACUGCAGGGGAGUCUCUAUAUCAGAUAUUAGGUGUCCAGAGGGGGGCAUCAGAGGAUGAGAUUAAAAAAUCGUACAGAAAACUUGCACUUAGGUAUCAUCCAGACAAGAAUCCAGACAACCCAGAGGCUGCUGAGCGCUUUAAGGAGAUCAACAAUGCCAAUUCAAUCCUGAACGAUGAGAACAAGAGGAAGAUCUAUGAUGAAUAUGGCUCAAUGGGUCUUUACGUGUCCGAGCAGUUUGGAGAAGACAGUGUUCAACUCUACUUCCUCAUGUCUAAAUGCUGGUUCAAGACUCUCGUGGUGAUUGGGACGUUAUGCACGUGCUGCUGCUGCUGCUUCUGCUGCUGCUGCUGCUGUGGGAAGUGUGGGCGCUCGGAGGAGGAAGAAAACCACUACUUCAUGGAUCCCGAGGAGCUGGAGGCCCAGAUUAGAGCUGAGCAGGAGGCCUCAGGUUGGCACGGGGCAGGACACUAUGGGCCAGGAGAGUCGGACGCAGGAGAUGGUGGGGUCAUUUCUGGUCAGCCCAUUCCCUUAGGCCCUCCUCCAGGCUCAGGUGAUGUUCCCUCAGCCAUCGUGGUGGAGCCUUUCUCCAAGCCCAACCUAUCGGCUGGACAGGCACUGAACACAUCUAGCACAGAGGAGUUGGUCAGUGACUGACCCCACCUCAUUAGCUCUCACCUGCAGCAUGUGAAGGAAUGACACACACUGAACUCUCUGCUGGUCACACAGAAGGAUCGCAAACGCACUGUCUGCCAGAUGCUUUUCAGUUCAGACAGGAUUUGACAAUACAAUUGCGUGAUUGAACUUCUACUGUUUGUUUUUGUUUAUCAGGCUCAGGUUUAUCUGCUCUGAUAUUAUAUAUUUUUAUUGCUGAAAUGGACUGCCAAUGAUUGUAUUUGAUUAUCCAAACUAGAUAAGAUUAUCCGGGAAUCAACUGGUGAUAGCUUCCCGCAUGUUCUGUGAUGUUUUUUUUGUUUGUUUUUUUGUUAAAACAAAAGUGUUAAUAUAUAUAUUCAAACAAAAACAAUUUUUGAUGCCAUAACUUCCAAAGAACACAAUCAGACUUUGUGGGUUAAUGUAAGCCUUGAAAAACUACAGUUGCGUUAAUCCUGUGAACAUCAAGGGUGCAUUAUGAUGUUUUGUUUACAAAUUAAGCUGAUUUAUUUGAUGAGGUUUACAUUUAUUCAGGAAUCAUUUAUUUCUUCUUUUUAAAUGAACUGUCACUAGUCGAAGUGGCUUACUGAGACCAAAGAGAGCUUUGCUAUAGUAGUGUAAUGUACACUGUUGCCAAAGUCCCCAUCUAGGUACUACAGUACUCUCUCACUUGGCCAAGGACACAACUUGUAAGGGUAAGCCAGUCAUAUAUAUCCAGUUCCAGUGCACAUAGAUAUCGCUGUAAGAUUUUCACCUCAUCUUGGAAAUGUUUUCUAGCCAUUUUUUUAGUGACUUGAGAAAAGAUGAUAUGUGACUGUAAAAUAAGUUUCUUGCCUGUUUUUAAAUUAUAAGCAAUAUGCCACGUCAGAAUGGAAUAAAUGUCAGCACUAUAUAUUUA